AUGAUGGAAUGUUUCACCUCAUUACUAUCAACAACAUACGUCCUCGGCUCAAUCCCGAUUAUUCUCCUUGUCAUACUCGCAGUGACGCCGGUAGAUGGCAAUUUAUCAAGGAAAUCCUUAUUGUCAUGGCCAGUGGCUCGUCCACUUGCCUCUCUCUACUCGUUCUUGAUAGAGGUUGCUCAGCCGGCAACUGUUACCACCAUCAGUGAUUGGGAUGCGACGGAAAUUAGGGAAUCAUCUUCAAUAAACGUUUCCAAAGAAUCUGAUUUUCCCGAGGGCUGGUGGACGGGGGAUGAGGUGUUUCUGUUGGAAAGACGGGCGAUCUUUAGUAAGGCAUGGCUGUUCAUCGCCCACACUAGCCUCUUCGUCAAACCGGGAGACUAUCACGCUUUCGAAAUAUGCGGUUUCCCCCUUUUCCUCAUUCAAGGGAAAGAUGGCAUCAUCCGUUCUUUUCACAAUGUCUGCCGACACAGAGCGUAUCCGGUCAUCUCAAGGAAGAAAUCGGGAUCGACGACUGUGAUAGGGUGCAGAUAUCAUGGCUGGAGUUAUGAUACUCAAGGUUACUUGAUCAAAGCGCCACAGUUCGAAUGCCUGGAAGGUUUUGACAAGUCUCAGAACAGUCUGUUUGAGAUCCACACGAGGAUAACGAAACAUGGUUUUAUAUUUGUGAAUUUGGAUGCUCGUAAUGACGUGGCCGAGCCUGAACUUGAGGUUCAUGCCAUCGACAGAUUUGCAAAUGCGAAUCGAAUAUCGAGGAGGUCUUCACGGAUCGAUGGGUGGGAGGUUGAAGGGAGAUUUAAUUGGAAAUUGGCUGUCCUGGACAUGCAUGAUAAUAAUCACUCUUCAGCGAGAACGAACCAAGAAUCGAGAAAUUUACGUUCAGUUCUCCAAUCGAUGUUUAGUGUCAGCAGCAGGGAUCAAAACAGAUACCGAUAUACCAACCUGGGUGUAUUCCCUGCCUCUUCAAUCCAUGUUACCGGGAAAGGGGGCAUCUGGUUUUCUGUUUCAAUAGUGCCGAUGAACGUAGGCCGCUCAUCCGUCCGCUGUGAUAUAUACGAACACUUUGCAGUACGGAACGCAGACAGAAAGCAUGCGGUGGUAGCGGAUAUAAAACCUUGGUUUGCAUCGAAAAUAGCAAAACUGGAAACUGCUUACAAGACAUUGAAUGCCCCUGGAAGCUGCAAAACCGAUUGUGACAAUCAACUCAGCCUCAGAGAUGGGAUGGUUGAAGCCCGUUUGCAUGACAACGCAUUGCAAGAGCUCAUCCUCUCAAAUUUAAAAUCUCAUCUUACACUCGAGCGGGUUCAGGGGGAAGAAAUCUGGCCAACUGUCCAACUGUCAAGCACCAGCGACAAAUACAAGCGAGCAAAUGAAUUAUGCAAAGAGCUCGAAGCCUUUGUUGAAGAUGCCGGUUGUUCAAAGGGUCUCAGUAAAACAAGGGUCAAGGACCCCCUUGAUUGGUGA